AUUCAUCCAAAGCUUUCAGAAAACCCAGCCAGCUUCUCAAAGUUCAUACCAGCUCUUCUAUCUUCUAGCAUUCCAUUUAUACAUCUACUUCUACUAGUACUCUUACAAUGGCAAAGAAUGUGUCUCAAUCUCCCAUGGAGAAACACAGCCUGACUUCAUUUGACCAGCAGUUGGCUAAGCGCUGUUCUCAUGAGGGUGUAAAAGCUGGAGUUAAGGCAGCUGUUGUUGCUACCAUUGCCAGUGCAAUUCCAACUUUUGCUAGUGUGAGAAUGCUGCCUUGGGCAAAAGCCAAUCUGAAUCCCACUGCUCAGGCUCUCAUAAUCUCAACAGCGGCUGGAAUGGCAUAUUUCAUAGUGGCUGACAAGACUAUUUUGGCAACCGCAAGGAGGAACUCCUUCCACCAAGGCCCUAACUAUGAAGCAUGAAUUCGUAGCACUAAUUUGAGUUCAAAUUACUGUUCUUGUUGCUGCUGCUGUUCUUAUGUGAAUCCAUCCUCUUGAUAAUAAAUAAGUAGAGAUGGUAUUUCAUUGUAGUAGCAGAAGAAAAUCUAUGUACUCAGUUAUCAACCUAUUAUAUAAUGCACUUUUCUUCCAUUUC